GUUAUUUAUGUGUGGAACAGGUGUAAAAUUGACAAUUUUCGUGGCAUAUAGUUUGUAAUUGGUGAUGCUAACGUAGUCGCUCUUUAGCAAAUAUGUUAUUGCGCGCUGUCAGUUUCGUCGUCGGUCGGUUAGAAAUUUGUGCCAUUGCGUGUGCGUGUGAGUGUGUGUGUAUGUGUGUGCGCGUUUAGUUUACGUUUUUUGUUUUUGGGGUCUUCUGUAUCGGCAUCCCAGGCAAACGCAUUAACGCAAUCAAGCAAUUUAAGUUAAUUAAAAACGUUAGCUAAAUUACGUGUGGUCAACGCCAACGCAAUUGCAAUGAGUAAUUAUCAUUCGCAUACAACGCUGUCGCAUAUACAGCAACAACAACAACAAAUACAACAGCAACUGCAACAACAACAGCAGCUCCAGCUACAGAAUCAUCUACAGCAGCAGCAGCAUCAUCUGCCGCCACAUUUACAGUUGACAGUGACGCCGCCCCAGCAGCAGCGUCAGAAUCACAAUACGCCCACAACCACCCAAAAUCAGUUGACGUUGAAUACAGCGUCGACGUCCGCUGCUGCUGCCGCCGCCGCUGCGUCCAUAUUAGUAGCCCAGCCCCCGCAGCCGCUGAUAAGCAAUUCGCUUGCAAUUCGACAAGAAAUCCAGCGCUUCGAGAGCGUUCAUCCAUCGAUCUAUGCUAUAUACGAUUUAAUAGAUCUGCUGCCGCUGCCGGACGCACAGAUUAUUGCUCAACAGAUACGCGAUCAUGUUGUUUGCAUUGAAGAUUCCUUCGUUAAUAGCCAGGAAUGGACGAUUUCACGUUCGGUGCCCGAUCUGCGGCUGGGCAUAGUUGGUUCGCUCAAUUCGGGCAAAUCAGCGCUAGUGCAUCGUUAUCUCACGGGUUCCUACAUGCAGGAAGAGUCACCUGAGGGUGGACGCUUCAAGAAGGAAGUCUUCAUCGAUGGCCAAAGUUAUCUCUUGCUCAUACGCGAUGAGGGAGGGGCACCCGAAAUGCAGUUUGCUGGCUGGGUGGAUGCAGUAAUCUUUGUAUUUAGCCUGGAGAACGAGAACAGCUUCAACACAGUUUACAAUUAUUAUACUAAAAUGGCGCACUUUCGCAAUGGACAGGACAUACCCAUGAUAUUGGUCGGAACGCAAGAUGCCAUAAGCGAACGCAAUCCGCGCGUUAUCGACGACACACGUGCGCGUAAAUUGGCGAGCGAUUUAAAGCGCUGCUCCUACUACGAGACCUGCGCCACCUACGGCCUGAAUGUGGAGCGAGUCUUCCAGGAUGCCUGUCAAAAGAUAUUGUCGCAGCGUCUGCCUCUGCCGCCAGCAAUGCAGCCACCGCGACCGACAACACCACAGGGCACGCGCUUGGGACUCAGUGCCUCCUACCAGGCGGCAACCAAUGGACAACGCGCGCAGCAGCAGCAGCUGCCGAUGCGCAUGAGCGCGGACUUUGCACAGGCAGAGCAAAAGCUUUGGUCACUCCAAGCCUGCUCCAAUGAUAACAACAAUAUAACCAAAUACAAUCCAGCAGCAGCAGCAGCAGCUGCCGCCGCACAACAGCAACAACAACAGCAGCAGCAGCAGCAGCAGUUGUCGCUGCAGGGCGAUUGCUCGCAAGUGCAGCUGCGUGAUCCGCGCGAUUUGGCGCCGCCGCCUGGCAAGGAGCUGCCCACGCCCACAUCAACGCCCACAACAAGCCGCAAGAGUCGCCGGCGCUCGAAUCUGUUUAUACCCUCGUCCUCGAAGAAGAGCGACAAGGAGCCGAAGAGCAGCGAGCUGGGCAGCGGACGCUCCAUACCCAUCAAGCAGGGCUAUCUAUAUAAGCGCUCCAGCAAAUCGCUGAACAAGGAGUGGAAGAAAAAGUACGUGACACUCUGCGACGAUGGCAAACUCACCUACCACCCCUCGCUGCACGAUUACAUGGACGAUGUGCAUGGCAAGGAGAUACCGCUGCAAUAUGUCACAGUCAAGGUGCCGGGCCAGAAGCCGCGCGGCUCCAAGUCCAUCAUUACCAACAGCGCGCUGACCAGCUCACUGCUGGCGAACGGGCAGCGGGUGCAGGGCACGUUGAGUGAAGGCAUCGGCUGCUUGACGCUCGCCAAGGACAAUCAGCGCAAGCUGAGCGAGAAGCUGUCGCUGCUGGGCGCCGGCAGCGGCGCUGAGCCGCUCAAGUCGAACAGCUCACAGCAGACAAGCGGCGACGAGGGCAUUGCCAUGUCGAAUUCCAACUCACAGACCUUCAUUGUGGGCGAGGCGGCCAGCAGCAAGCUGGAGGCGCAAACGCCGAAUGUAAAGAAGCGACAUCGUCGCAUGAAGAGCAGCAGCGUCAAGGCCAACGAGGCGGAUGACAACGAUGGCUACGAGUUCUAUAUAGUCUCGCUGGACUCCAAGCAGUGGCACUUUGAGGCUGCCAAUUCGGAGGAGCGCGAUGAGUGGGUGGCUGCUGUGGAGCAGGAGAUAUUCAAGAGUCUGCAGAGCAACGAGAGCAGCAAGACGAAGCCAGUGAGCAGCACCGAGCUGGCUGCCAUGGUGGCCAUAAGACAACGCGUGCCUGGCAAUGCGCAUUGCGUCGACUGCGGAGCGCCGCAUCCUGAGUGGGCCAGUCUCAAUCUGGGCGUGCUCAUGUGCAUUGAGUGCUCGGGCAUACAUCGCAAUCUGGGCUCACAUAUAAGCAAAGUGCGCUCGCUGGGUCUAGACGAUUGGUCUUCGUCACACUUGAGCGUUAUGCUAGCCAUAGGCAACAGUCUGGCCAAUUCUGUUUGGGAGGCAAAUACGCGUCAACGCAACAAGCCCACAGCGCAGGCAACUCGCGAGGACAAGGAACGCUGGAUACGCAGCAAAUAUGAGGCGAAGGAGUUUCUGACGCCGCUGGGCACGGGCACGCAUGUGAACGCAGCCACGCCUGGUCAGCAAUUAAUUGAGGCUGUCAUACGCGCAGACAUCAAGUCGAUUGUCUCCAUACUGGCCAACUGUCCCACAGAAGUGGCCAAUGCCAAUGUGAGCGCGCGAGAUGUGCGCACGCCGCUGCUGCUGGCCUGCGCCAUUGGCAAUCUGGCCAUAGCACAGCUGCUCAUCUGGAAUGGCGCCAAUAUAAAGCAUACGGAUCAUGAGGGACGCACCUGUUUGGCUUAUGCACGCGCUGCGCAAUCUCUGGCCACUGCCAAAUCGAUGAAGGUCAAAGCUGCUGCCGCCGCUGGAGCAGCAGCGCCAACGCCAGCGCCAGCUGCAGCUGCUAAUGGCGGGAUACCUGCACCGCAGUACAAUGUGGAGGACACCACAGCGUUGGUGGAGCUGCUGGUGGGCCUGGGCUGUCCGGAGUCGGCGCCACUUACAGCCAGUGGCACGCUGCCCCGCAGACGCGACACUCUGGGCACGCCGUAUGAAAAGUCUAUAUCGGGCGUAAUCUAAGCAUAGCGUGCAUAGUUGAAUUUCUUAAGCUAAUUAAUUAAUAAUCAAUUGUAUAAUCAUUUAAUAUGUUGUUCGUAAUUAGUUUUUAACAAAAGCAAACGCCUCAUGUUCUGUUUCUCUGUGUAUAGCAAUUAUUUUGGGAGAGUAUAACGCUUAGUGUUUAGUUUAAUUCAAAAUGUGCAAAUGAUGUUUUUUUUUCGUUCAUUCGUUUGAAUGUAAAUUCACUUAAGGUUUUUAAUUCGAUUAGCUCGUAAGCAGCAGUUGUACAGUCUUGUUGUAAUCUCAAGUUUUAAUUAAUUUAUUAUUUACGUAUUAUUAUGUUUUUUAUACUAUUACGAUUGUACAUGUUUUUAUGUCGUUUGCAAAACAAAUUGAAGCUAUUUUUUUUAACUACAUGUAUAUCUAUUGAGAGAAUUCUUGUUUGUCAAUCGUAUAACAUUUAUAUAAUUUUAAAAACGCUAAAGAUUGAGAAUAUAUAUACGUAUAAACAUAGUGAAUUUAAGAUUAAAGCCAAAAACAAAAAACAAACUUAAACUAUACAAUAUACACACACACAUGAAUAUACAAAAGUUGAAAUUGCUUGAUAAUCGGCUAAAACACGCUUAACUUGUAGCUUAUACAACAAAAUUAAGAAAAGGCAGAACAUUUGUUGGCAUUCGAAGUAAUUAUACACAUAAAUUUAAUAUAUUAGCAAAAAGUAAUAAAAUGACAAAAUAUAUGAUAUACAAUAUAUAUGUAUGUAGCAACACUUGAAAGUAUUUCAAACCAAUUAAAUAUAUUAUAGUUAUAAAUUUCAAUAUAUAUAUGUAUACACCCCCCACUUUAAG